AUGGGAAACCCACCAGGAAUGAAUCGCUCCUUCGUUAAGGUUCUGGCAGCUUUGUUUACAUAUUUCAUGGAGACAAACAACUUCAGGGUUGCAGAUGCCAAGGAGCACGAUUCCAGAUCAUCCUCCAACAUGUCUCCAUCAGACUUUCUGGACUCACUCAUGGGUCGCACGUCCGGGUACGAUGCUCGCAUCAGACCCAAUUUUAAAGGUCCACCAGUUAAUGUUACCUGCAACAUAUUUAUCAACAGCUUUGGUUCUAUAGCAGAAACUACAAUGGAUUACAGGGUGAACAUCUUCCUGCGGCAGAAGUGGAAUGACCCUCGGCUGGCGUAUAGCAAAUACCCAGACUCCUCCCUCGACCUGGACCCAUCCAUGCUGGACUCCAUAUGGAAGCCUGACCUCUUCUUUGCCAACGAGAAAGGAGCCAACUUCCAUGAUGUCACCACAGACAACAAGCUGCUGCGGAUCUUCAAGGAUGGGACUGUCCUCUACAGCAUCAGGUUGACCCUCAUUCUGUCCUGCCCGAUGGAUCUGAAGAACUUCCCAAUGGACGUCCAAACCUGCACCAUGCAGCUGGAAAGCUUCGGCUACACCAUGAACGACUUGAUCUUCGAGUGGCUGGAGAAAGGUGCGGUGCAGGUGUCAGACGGGCUCACGCUGCCGCAGUUCAUCAUGAAGGAAGAGAAGGAGCUGGGCUACUGUACAAAACACUACAACACUGGUAAAUUCACCUGUAUAGAAGUUAAGUUCCAUCUGGAGCGACAGAUGGGAUACUACCUGAUCCAGAUGUAUAUUCCGUCCCUCCUCAUCGUCAUCCUCUCGUGGGUGUCUUUUUGGAUCAACAUGGAUGCAGCUCCUGCCAGAGUGGCGCUGGGCAUCACCACUGUGCUUACCAUGACCACCCAGAGCUCCGGCUCCAGAGCUUCUCUUCCAAAGGUCUCUUACGUGAAAGCCAUUGAUAUCUGGAUGGCUGUGUGUCUGCUCUUUGUAUUUGCUGCAUUGCUAGAAUAUGCUGGGGUUAAUUUUGUCUCCAGGCAACAGAAAGAGUUCCUUCGCCUGAGGCGAAGACAAAGGAGGAAUCACAAGGAUGAUGAUAUGCGUGAAGGCCGCUUUAAUUUUGCUGGCUACAAUAUGAGUCAGUGUCUGCCAACAAAGGACGGCUCAGCCGUUAAGAACGCCGCUCCAGCUCCGAACCCUCAACCCUCCGUCCCCAAGGACUUGGACACCAUGAGGAAGAGGUUUGUGGACAGAGCCAAGAGGAUAGACACGAUCUCCAGGGCCGCCUUUCCUCUGGCCUUCCUCAUCUUCAACGUCUUCUACUGGGUCACCUACAAGAUCAUCAGGCAUGAGGACAUCCACAAAAAGUAA